UACCUAGUACCUACAUAGUAGCAGUACCAAAAAAAAAAAAAAAUGACAUCGCGCUACCCCGGCCGCGAAUCCCCCUCCCCCUCUCGCCAAUCCCGCGAGGAACAAGAACCCUUUUGCUCAGGACACCUGAGGGACGAAUACGAUAAUACCAAGAGGGGCCAGGGCCCCGCGCAGCCACGCGAACACGCAUCCAAGGCGUCGAUGUCGGAGCAGGAGAGGCAGCUGGCGGGGUUGGAGAGUAACCCUGUGCAUCCAUUGGAGGAGAUCGAGGCGAGGAAGUUCCGGAAGGGAGUUGGGAAUUGAGGUUUUCUUUGACGCCAGCCCAAGUCAGUCUUCUUAGGGGGGGGGAGAAAUUUUAUUAUAUUAUAGGUAAUAUGUGUGUGUGUCUUAUGUAUACUGGUUUAUAUGAUGGGUGAAGAAGAAGAAGAAGAAGAUAAAAUUGUCAUGUCAUGUCAUGUCAUGUAUUUCGUGGUUCCAGACAACCAGCUAAUGAAAGCAUGUUGUUGUUGUUGUUCAUAAUACGGAGUACUAUGAACUUAAUAUGAUAUAGAAUUAACAUAACAUGCAUGCUAGCAAAACUAAUUUCCGUCCAAAGUUCCAACCUAAAACAGUUUUUACUAUUCCAUCGGGGCAAUU